ACCUCCUACUGUUUUAUAUUCAGCUAUCCCAUUCCACAAGAAAUUCCUGCAGAGUUUAUCUACACCAUUAAUAACUGCAGUUAGGAGAAUGAAGAUAGAACUCCAAAACAAUUGCAUGCUUUGAAGCACAGAAUUAACAAGCUGCAGGCUAUCAGCAUAAAAAAGGUAUUUACUAACCACAGAUAUUCUAGCAGUGAUUCUAUCUACCAGACUUUGACAAUCAGUAGCAGACAACCUUUUUCUUACUAGAGGCAGACCUAAGUACAUCAUAGGUAAAGAGCCCUCCUGCUGGAACCUUUAGUAUUGCUUGUUAAUAAAUUGAGAGGAUUAGCUCGAACCCUUUUUAGUUUAGAUGUAAUUUGUAAUGUUUACAAGUCAGUAGUUUAAUUUGCAGUGAAGGUACUCUCUUUGUUUCAGACAUGAAAAAGAAAAAAGAAAAGAGUGGGUUCGUGUAAUUGCUUUAUGUCAAGGAGUUUGGAUAGCGGCUAUAAGGCUAAAGUCCAGCGGAUAUUAUGAUCAGGGCCACAAUUCGGACGACAGGCUUUGAAGGUCUCCAGUUUUGGGGAAACAAAACGAGGUUCCUGAACUUGUAACGCAUAUUGGAAAACUCAUUAAUGUGUCAACAAACGGAUAGUUUCUGGGGCUUUUCUAAUUUUAAGUAAUUUGCCUUGAAUUUCUUCGUCCAUCCCUUUCUGCUUUUUUAGUUUGAUAGAUCAACAGCAAACUACUCGAUUUCUUAGUACGAUAUGAUGAUACUAGCUAAUGCCACACAAAAGUUUGUUUUUUGUUUUUUUAAUGAUUAAGCAUUUGAUUUUUAUGUAGAUCUCGGUAUAAUUCAUAUCUUUAUGUGGAUGCAUGUUCAAUUUAUGCAUUACUUUACGAGUUUCUACCAUAAAAACAACUAUCAAAAUACAACUCUAACAUAAUGAGUAACCUUCUUCUUAGCGCACAGUUGUCUAGUAUCUCGUACCAUUUGUAACCCAAAAAUUGUUGUACGACUACAUACAUGACACAACCUAAAAACUGAACACCCGCCCACAAACAGAAAACAUCAUCUAGGAAAUGGAAUUUGUUGUAGUAAAAGAAAAAAGGGGGCAAAAAGGAAGCUACUGGGUGCAAGAUUUUAUGAAAGGUCCAAGGUCAUGACUCCCCUAGCUAAUAGGUAUUAAAAUGGUAAAGAACAGAGUGUAGCAGCAUUGGUAGUAGAAAUUGUUUGUUAGGGUCAUGUAACUUUAGAAAACAAAAAUAAGGUUAACCAAACUAAUAUAAGAUUCAUAGGUAAAUUAUGGAUGGCAUCUUAAAACUGCUACAGUUAAUAAGCACAAAUAACACUCUUUAAUUACUCCUUUUUGGAGGAACACAUCAAUCGUGUUGACAACAUACACCAAGUCUAGGCCACCAAUCUCAAACAUCAAUUAAUCCAAACACUAAACAAUUUAUGUUUCGGAUAACUAAACUCUUCCUUAUUUAAACUGACAUCUUCCUUUAAGCGGAUUCCAUGCAAUGCAAGAAACAUCUUUACUUUUCUACUCUACAUGCACUUCGCAUUUCUCUACCUUUCUUGCCAGACCAUUAAAAACUCAGUUGCAGACCUGUUUUCGUGUUAUUCGUUUGUGCUUUUUUAUUUUUUUAAUUUGUUAAAACAUGAAAAUGAAGCACUUACUUGAAGAGCAACCAUCUCCUGAUACUUUUAUGAAUGCAUCCAGUAGCGAUGCAUCAAGAGAUUGUAGUCAAGACACAGGCUCAAAUGCAUUGUCGACAAAUGGAGAUAUUUUUGCUAAAUACUCUAAUUUUGGCUGCUUUCCAAAGGAACUGGAUCUAAAUCCUGCACGGAUGGUGUUAGCAGAGUUCAUGGGGACCUUUAUAUUAAUGUUUUGCGUGUGCGGAAUCAUGGCAAGCACACAGCUAACAGGAGGACAAGUUGGUCUCCUGGAGUAUGCAGCGACAGCAGGCUUAACAGUCAUCGUCUUGGUUUUUGCCAUAGGUCCAAUUUCUGGUGCUCAUGUAAAUCCUGCUGUGACAAUCGCAUUUGCAACUUUUGGUCAUUUCCCUUGGUCCAAGGUUCCAUUUUAUGUAGUGGCGCAAACAGUAGGAUCAGUACUGGCAACAUAUGCUGCAAAGCUCGUCUAUGGCAUCAAAGCAGAUCUUAUGGUUACCCGACCAGUUCAGGGCUGCAAUUCUGCCUUCUCGGUAGAGUUCAUUACAACAUUCCUCAUGAUGUUCCUUGCUGCUUCAUUGGCAUACCAAGCAGCGACAAGACAUUUAUCUGGAUUUGUUAUUGGACUUUCCAUUGGACUGGCGGUACUUAUUUCAGGGCCUGUUUCAGGAGGAUCACUGAAUCCUGCAAGGUCGUUAGGGCCUGCAAUUGUUUCCUGGAACUUCAAGGAUAUAUGGGUAUAUAUUAUUGCACCAACAACAGGAGCCGUAGCCGGCGCUCUCAUGUUUCAUGUCCUGCGUAUUCAACGCCCGCCGUGCAGUCCCACUACUCCCUCUCCUAACACUGGUCUGCUCGGUCACUCCAUAAAUUUUGCUAGGAGAUAAAUGUAGCCGCAGGUUUUCUUUUGGAUUAAGGCAGUUCCUCUUACACUUAUCUAACUUUCACGCAGCGUACAUGGUAGCACCAAAAAUAAGAAGAGGUGGUCUUCCUUUUCCUUUGAAAUGUUGAUUGUGAGGCUGCCAUGGGACACGAUUAAGCUUAAAUGAAAUUGUGAGAUUGUAACAGGAAAAAGAAAAACAAAAAAAAAAAAAAAAAAACUGAAUAAUUAUUUGUUUAGAUAAUUCUUGGCAUAUAUUGCAGUGAAACUCUAGAAGGAGUGAACACCCAUAUUAAAUGCUUCACUCUUUAUCAUCGUCACUCUCACAUUUGACAUAUAGUAAUUUGUUUAAGUUUUGUCUCAA